UCAAAAUCCUAAAAGAAAUUUUCCAACUUGCAAGAAGAACGACGCAAGAAGAACAAAACUCAAACUGAAAUAAUUUAAUUUCUUCGUAAACUCAUUGAAAAUAUCGAUUGUGUGACAGUGUGGCUGUUGUUUGUCUGUUAUUUAUUGAAUUAAUUGUAAGGAAGCCAUACAAAUAUAAUUGCCGAAAUGGAGGAGGAUACUGAAUUCCAAAAACUUCCCGUUGACGAAAGGUGUGCACAUAAACUGUGGAAGGCACGUCUGCACGGCUACCAAGAAGCAAUCAAAAUCUUUAGUGAAAUUGAUGAUGAAAAAUCGACCGAAUGGAACAAAUUCCAUGGACUUAUCAAGAAAUUCGUUACGGACAGUCAUGCUAUGGCACAGGAACGGGGCCUUGAAGCUACACUGAUUUAUGUGGAAAAUUGCGGUCAUGCUGGCAAAAUUGUCGGUGAUGUGAUGGCAGGGCUUGUUUUGAAAUGUAUUGCCGCGCCGAAGGCUAAAACAAAGGAUCUAGCCACACAGAUAGCGUUAAUGUUCAUCGAAAUUGAGAAGCAGGACAUUGCACUGGAGGAAUUGGUCAAAGGAAUGGAACAGAAAAAUCCGAAAAUUGUAGCCGGAAGCACGGCCAUUGUGUCGCUUGCACUGAACAAAUUUGGAAACAAAGUUAUUGCCAUUAAGCCGCUCCUCAAACAAAUACCAGUGUUGCUAGCCGAUCGAGACAAAAAUGUUCGUGAUGAAGGAAAGGCGUUGAUUGUUGAAAUAUUCAGGUGGAUCGGACCCGCACUCAAACCACAUUUAUCGUCAGUCCCUGCCGUUGUUCAAACCGAAUUGGAGACUGAAUUCGAAAAAGUCAAGAGCGACAAGGCUGAACCGUCAAGAUAUUUACGGUCUCAACAAAUGAAAAAAGUGGCAGCUGACAGUGCAUCGAAUGAUAAUGAAGACGUCGAAGCUGAUGGUGACGACGCAAAUGAGCCCGCAGCUGACAUUGAUCCAAUGGAUCUUAUCGACCCCGUUGACAUUCUAUCCAAAUUGCCAAAAGAUUUUUACGACAAAUUGGAAGAGAAGAAAUGGCAAUUGCGAAAGGAAUCACUGGAGGCGUUGGAAGUGUUACUGCAGAAUCCGAAAUUGGCGAACGGCGACUAUGGAGAUGUUGUGAAAGCUUUGAGGAAAGUCAUUGCCAAGGAUUCGAAUGUUGUUUUGGUGGCGUUGGCAGGGAAGUCAUUAGCUGCCCUAGCUCGUGGACUAAAUAAGAAAUUUUCCAUAUACGCACCGGCUUGUGUGCCGACAGUUCUGGAGAAAUUCAAAGAGAAGAAAGCUAAUGUGGUCACAGCAUUACGUGACUGUAUGGACGCGAUGUACCCAUCGUUGACAUUAGAAAACAUUCAGGAGGAUCUGCUUGAAGCGCUAAACAACAAGAACCCGAGCAUCAAAACUGAGACGUGCUUGUUUUUAGCUCGCGCAUUUUCGAGAACGUUGCCUUCAAUUUUCAACAAAAAACUUCUGAAAACAUUCGUCGUUGUGCUCCUCAAAACGUUAAACGAAUCGGAUCCAGCCGUUCGUGACGCAUCCGCAGAGACUUUGGGCACUCUGAUGAAACUCCUGGGCGAAAAGACUGUAGCUCCACAUCUGGCCGACGUCGAUCCAUUGAAAUUGGCCAAGAUAAAGGAAUGUGCCGAGAAAGCAGUGAUAGUUGUAAAAGUUCCAGCCGCUCCAAAGACACGACCAGUGACAGCACCUUCGGGUCCUUCGAAACCAGCAGCGAAGGAAGCAGCUAAACCAGUUGCCCGACCAUCAACGGCUGUUGCAAAGAAACCAGCACCAGUCAAGAAAGCAGUCAGCAGUGGUGGCGGUAGUAGUUCUGCUCGUGUCGCAAAGUCGGCAAGUUCAACAAAAAUUUGUCCUGCUGAACGGGAAUUGACACCCGAGGAAGUGGACGAACGUGCGGCUGAUCUAUUGCCCGGUAAUAUUCUAGCAGAAUUGGGAGACGCAAACUGGAAAACCAGAUUGUCGUCCAGUGAGACAUUCCUGAGCACCGUAAGUGGUCUGGAGAGCUGCCCGUCAAUAUCGCAGGUUCUAAUCCGAAUCAUUUGUAAGAAGCCCGGUCUCAAGGAAAGUAAUUUCCAAGUCUUGAAAUUGAAAUUGGAAAUUAUAAAGAAAAUUGUCGAGGUGUUCGGCAUCAGCACCACCACUGGUGAUAUGGUGCUGAACGAUGUGGUUGAGAAGCUUGGUGAUGCUAAGAACAGUGCCACCGCGGCGGAAUGUCUCUUGGCAAUAGCCGAUGCAAUCAAUUUGGAGUACAUGAUCGUCAAAAUGCUGAGCUAUUCGUUCGAGCAGAAGUCACCGAAAGUGCAAAUGGAAGCAUUGCAGCUGACUGGUGAAGCUAUUCAGGCAUUUGGCUUACAGGUUCAACCGAAGAAGCUCAUCGACUUCAUGAAGAAAGCGCUGCAAAGUGUCAACGCAACCGUUCGUCAAGCAACGAUAACAACAUUAGGUAUCAUUUAUCUCUACACCGGUGACUCGCUGAUGAUGUUCUUUGACGGGGAGAAAAAUACGAUCAAGCAGCAAAUCCAAGCCGAAUUCCAGAAAAAUGCCUCACAAAAGCCGCCGAAACCGACGCGAGGUGUGAAAGUAAACUCCGAGGACGAUGACUUCGAUGAGAAGAAUGAACAUGAAGACACAUUCGAAGCCGAACCUGUUGAUUUGUCGGAAAUGAUACCCAGAGUCGACAUAUCCGGUUCGAUUACCGAGGCACUACUGACAGAGAUUUCGGACAAAAACUGGAAAACUCGUAACGAAGGAUUAACCAAACUACAGGGAAUCAUAGGUGACGCAAAGCGGAUACAUCCAACCCUUGGCGAACUACCGCAAGCAUUAGCUCAACGGCUCGUCGAUAGCAACGCAAAGAUCGCGCAAACAUCUUUGUCAAUCUCACAACAACUGGCCGAAGCAAUGGGUCCUGCAUGCUCGAAACAUGUACGAGUACUGUUUCCGGGCUUCCUCAGCUGUCUCGGUGAUUCGAAACCAUUUGUUCGUGCAGCUAGUAUGACCUGCAUCAAUGUCUGGUGUGAUCAGGCCGGCUACAAAGAAUUCUUCGAAGGCGAAAUGAUCGUCGAAGCGUUGAAAACUGGCACGCCGGCUCUAAAAACGGAAUUGUGGAAUUGGUUGGCCGAAAAACUGCCGAAAGUACCGGCGAAAAUCAUUUCGAAAGACGAACUGUUGACGUGUCUACCGCUUCUGUAUUUGAAUAUUUGCGAUCGAAGUCCGGAUGUUCGGAAGAAUGCGAACGAGGCAAUUCUUGGAUUUAUGAUACAUUUGGGCUACGAGACCAUGAUAAAAGCGCUUGAGCGGCAGAAACCAUCGGCGAAAAAGGACAUUCUGGCUGCACUAGACAAAGUCAGACCGAAUCUACCAGUGAAACCGUUACCGAAAAGCAAGCAACAAGCUCCGAUUGUUUCUGAGGAACCCAAAGCUGUUAAAGGCAAGGCAACGAAACCAGCUGCAGCUGCAAAAAAUGCUCCGGCUGCUGCCCGGAAAAAAGAGGAAGAAGUCGACACGUCACCACUUCUAGCGGUCAAUAAUUUGAAAAAUCAGCGACUGUUGGAUGAGCAAAAACUCAAAGUUUUGAAAUGGACGUUCACGACGCCGAGAGAAGAAUUCACCGACCUGCUGAAAGAUCAGAUGAGCACAGCGUCCGUGAAUAAAUCCCUGAUGGCCAAUAUGUUCCACGAAGACUUUCGUUACCACUUGAAAGCCAUCGACUCAUUGAUCGAAGAUCGUGAGAGCAAUUCCAAGGCGCUGGUCUGCAAUUUGGAUCUGAUUCUGAAAUGGAUUUCGUUGCGUUUUUACGACACGAAUCCGUCGGUGCUGCUGAAGGGAUUGGAUUACUUGACGGCGGUGUUUCAAAUGUUGGCUGAUAGUGAAUAUGUCAUGGCUGAGAAUGAGGGUAGCUGUUUCUUGCCGCAUUUAUUGAUUAAAAUCGGUGAUCCAAAGGAUGCCGUUCGUAACGGCGUUCGUGGCAUAUUCCGUCAGAUUUGCGUUGUGUAUCCGUUCACCAAGGUGUUCAGCUACAUCAUGGAAGGACUAAAGUCGAAAAAUGCACGACAGCGCACUGAGUGCUUAGACGAAUUGGGCAGCCUAAUCGAAAUCUACGGAAUGAGCGCGUGUCAUCCUACACCGCAAGUGGCACUGAAAGAAAUCGCCAGACACAUUUCCGAUCGAGACAAUUCCGUACGCAGUGCUGCUUUGAACUGUGUCGUUCAGGCGUACUUUUUGACCGGCGACAAGGUGUACAAGCUGAUUGGCAACUUGAACGAAAAGGAUUUGUCGAUGUUGGACGAACGUAUUAAGCGGGCGAGCAAAACUAGGAAACCGACAGCAGAAUCGCCAAAAAUGAAUGCUACCGUUGUCUUGCCGACACCAGAACCAGAACCGGUCGAUGACGUUCCGGAAGCGUUGCCCGAAAUUCCAAUACAACAUGAAAGUCCAACCGAUACAAGAACCACUCCUGACCAUUCCCAACUACGGCUAAAAGCGCCGGAAGUGUUCGGCUUCAAUGCAGACGUCAUACGCGAUAUUGAAAAAGACUGGGUACGCUUCGCUGAUCUGCCGAAGAAGGAUCAUCCCUCAAUUGAUACGUCAUGCCUUUAUUCUCCGUUAAAGAUUGGCUACUACAGCGGCGUAAGAUAUCCCGCCGAUAAGCUUCAGUCAGUUAUAUCACAAUCGCGUUCGACAACAACCACCAACACAUCACAUGGUAGAUCGUUUGACGCAGGUCUAGGGGCCAGUCCAUCGAGACCUAGCACAGCACCGACACAAAACAAUCUGGCCGAUGUUCUACCGAAAGAAGAUCCGAAUCUCAUUCGCAUAAUUCGGUCGAUAGCUAGUCCCGACUCCAUACAGGCGCGGGCUGCACUGAACGAACUGAAUGACAUUUUGGAUUGUCCGGAAAAGCAAGCCGCACUGCGGAACUACGAGGACAUGUACGUGGACAGUAUUUUGGCUCAGUUUAAGAUCUUGUCACAGUUGCCGUUGAGUGAAUCGUUGGUUAUGUAUCAACCGAUAUUGUCCAGUUCGUAUUCGUUCUUUUCGUCGCAUGUGCUGGGAAAAAACAUCGGCGUUGAAAGUUUGAAGAAGAUGCUGGCAAUGCUGCUCGGGCUAUUGGCUGACAAUAAACUGUCGGCCAGUGGUGAUGAAGGACAAUACACUAAAGUUAUAAAUGGCGUCUGUUUGCGGGUCUUGGAUCGGUCAAACUUUACCAACUUGAAUUGCGCAAUGAUCCGCCUGUUGAAAGAAACAUGCUCGGGCGGCAGCCUUCCCAAAUUCACCGAUCUGAUAAUGAAAUGCAUUUGGCGUAACGUUAAGGUCAUGCCGGACAAAAGUGACGAGAUUGAUUAUGAGCUGGUACUUCUAGAAAUUCACGGUUUUAUGAGCGCACUCCCGCAGUCAUGGUGGAAUAAUCGCCCAUCGGAUACUCCGAUAAGAACGGUUAAGACGAUUAUUCACAAUAUAGCUAAGUUGAAGGGUCGAGACAUUCUACUCCACACGGGCAAAAUUCCACAGAGCUCAGAGCUCUACACGUACUUGCUGAAAGCGCUGAAGACCGUUCAUAAGGAUCAUGCAUCCAAUGAUAAGGGGCCGCAAAAUAGUCUGAACGCUGCCAUAAAGGAGAGACAAAUAUCGAAACAGACCCAUGAAUCCAUGUCACAAAUUUUCAAAUUGAUCUCAGAUAAGGACACCAGUAAGGAGGGCGUUGCAAGACUGUACGAAUUCAAGAAACAAAAUCCGGAUGUUGACAUAGCGCCACUGCUGAAAGGUUCCAGUCCAGUGUUCAAGAAGUUCAUUGAGGAAAGCCUUCAGAGCUACGAACAGGCGAAUGCGAACCGAGAAAACGAUUCCAAGGAGAACAACGUCACCGCCGGCAAAACGGACUGUGACUACUACAUGUCGCGAUUGAAUCAACUGUUGAACAAAAACAAGCAGGUCAACGAUCGAUAUGGCAUUGACAAUGACAUGAACAGUGCAACGGUGAAGAUGGCAGCGCAGAACAAUAAUGUUGCUGCGCCGGAAUUUCGAACAGAACGAGAGCCAGUUCAUGUCGUUAAGUGUGCUGCGAAUGAAACCACAUCAUCAAGCAACCGUUUGGAUUUGAUACAGCAACGUUUGGCAUUGAUACGUGAGAAUCGGCAGAAUUAAUGGGUCGCAUGCAUAGAACGCUACAUUGGCUAAGACACUCCAAUCGCUCUACCCAAAAAGAAAUCCAGUGCAGAUGAGUUUUAUAUUAACGCCCAUUCUGCCGUUAAACUCUUCUUUUUUGUCUCAUAAUGUUACACGACCAUUUUUGUUUAUUUAACUCAAAACACACACCACACUAAUAUGUUAGAGAUAUUGAAAAUAUUAAAAAAAAUAAUAAAAAUUUAGAAAUUUCA